AUGGUUGAAAAUAAAGAGGGUGAAGGUCAAGAGAAAGAAAUCAAGGCUAAACUAAAGUUGAGUUGGGUGCGAUUUGGAGAGAGGGAGGCAGGUCAUGUUAAAGUUGGGUGUUUUUCAGGCGGGUCCGGGUGGGCAUCUGCUAUGUCCAGCACAAUUACAGCUAUGGAAUCCAUCCAGGCCUGA